AAUUAAAUUAUAAGUAAAUGUUAAUGGAUCAGAAGAAGUUGGGAUGUGAGCUUUUGGCAGACUCUACUGAUGAAGAGAGUUGAGAAUGAGAGGAGAGGAUGGAUUAUUUGUGUGGGUCAAUGGUGCCUGGGUUGGAGUUUGAAAUGAAUCAGGAGAAUCUUGUUUCGAGUAAGAUUGGAGAAAGAGAUCUGAAAGCUAAAAUUGAAGAGUACCUUGAAACCGGAUCGCUUACAAAGGAGCAGUUGAUCCUUUUAUUGAAACAAGGAGCUGAAGACAACUAUUUGUUUAUGAUCAAAGAAGAAACUUACUCUAAACUUGUAGAUUCUCUUGGAAUCCCAUUCGAUGAACCUACAGAUGAAAACGAGCAAAGUUUGGUUCAAAGCUUACGUGCUUCCAAAAUUGUCUUUCUUCAAAGCCUUCGGAUAUCUAGUAAUCUUCAGGAAAGCCCUAAAAAAUCAGAAUCAGGCAUUAUGGAUUUGAUGAAUACCAGAAAAAUUCUUCAGGCUAAGAGUAACUUUGUCCAUCAGAAUAGUAUUAUCCAAUUAUCCAAGAAUGAUUCCAAAUUGACCGAUCAAAAAGAAUCAUCACAAAGUAAUUUAGUGAGGAGCACGAAAGAGAUUGAAAAAGAAACUCUUAGGACUAGAAUCGAAGACGUUUCUAACCAAAGUGACCUAAAUCUGUUGGAAAGAGUUCCCAAGAUCACCAACCAAGCCCUCAAAGACUGGCUCAUCACCGGAGUGAUCGGCUGCAUCUCAGCCUUGUGCUUCGUCGCCUUUGCUCUGUACACCCACCUCAAAACGAACCCUGUGGUGUUUGCGAUGCUUGGCAACCAGCUGAUGGUCGCUAAAGGCUGCGCACUUGCGAUCAUAUUUUUGUGAGUGGCAGUCUUGCUUUUUGUGUCCUAUGACUUUCUGACAGCAAUCAGAGGGUGAUGUGGAGGCAAAUGACUGUCGCUUCUGGAUUCACAUUUGUUGUUUCAUAAGGUAUGAGGGUUUCUGUUGUUCAUUUACUCAACCAUUCAUACUAUUUGCCAUUGUGCUUGGUCUGUGUCUGCUUUAUCCAAAGACGAUAACUUCCCAGCCAUCAAAGCUAAUAUCAGCACUUUUGGAUUCGACCAUUCUCCGAAUGUCGCUGAAGUGGUAUUCCUGACGAUUCCCGGCUUAACAGGCAUUAUUCUACAGAUUGCAAUUACACUUAUGUUCUUUACUUCUCUGGAAUGUAUUCGCAGAAGACACUUCCAACUGUUUUCUUAUGUCCAUAUGGUGUUCUUCCCUGUGUUUAUCUUCGGAACAAUUGCACAUGGAGCUGCUCGCUGGCUCAACUGGGGUAUCCCCACAGCUCUAGUGCCUUUUAUUGUGCCAGUAUUAAUCUAUUUCUGGAUGAUUGGCAGAAGAGUCAUUGAUGCAAUCAGAAGACCCUUUAAAGUUGUCAAAGUAUCCAUUGUCAACAACAAAACCUUCAUCAACUUGAACUUAGAAGUUCCCAAAGGCUACAAGUGGAAGUCUGGUCAGUAUGCAUUCAUCAACAUUCCAGCCAUCAGCAAGCUGGAGUGGCACCCAUUCUCGAUUUCGUCAUCUCCUAACGGAGAAUACCUCAGCUUCAUGAUCAAGAAAGCCGGAGACUGGACAACCAAACUUAUUGAUAUGUUUGCAGCCAUCAAAGAACAAGGCUUCGCAGACAUCAUCAAUGAAGUGGGAGAGCAUGAGUACAAGCGCGAGUUCAGAGACUACCUCAUGGAGGUCAACUUCGAAGACGAUGAGUCCAUUCGUCAGAACAAGAAGCUGUAUCCUCGAAUCAAUGUGAGCAGAGCUGUGUCAGCGCCUGCAGAGAUGGCUGCUAGGCGCAAACGCAUCAUACUCAUUGGCGCAGGCUCAGGCAUCGCUCCAUUCCUUGCUUUCUUGGAUGACCAACAAAUAGCAGCCGAAGGAGGUAGGAAGACUGUGGGAGGUGACGUAUCUCAGAUAUACAAAGAAGAGUUUAGAAGCACUGAGAAAGCUCAUUUGAUAUUGACUAGUAGAGAUGCGGAUCAGUUUUCUUGGUUGUCUCCAUACAUAGAUAGGAUAAUGAGCUCAAAAUAAAUUUUCUGAUAAAGUCCAUCUUCACUUGUACUUGACCUCGACUAAGUGUAAUUCUCUUCCAUCAUUCUUGUUUUGGAGAGCUUUCUUAAAAAGACAAGAGAUGAAGACUAAACAUCUAUUACAUUCUGGCAACUUAAUAAUGGGCUCCAACAUCACUUUAAACGUUGAGAGGCCAAAUUUCGAGAAGAUCAUUGAAGAGAUCAAUGUGACAGACCCUGGAAACUUCUUCUGCUACGUUUGUGCAUCCGACAUGAUUGUUAACCAAGCAAAAGCUGCUUGCAGCCUAAUCAACAGAAAAGGGAAAGAUACCUAUGUGUUAAAAUACGAGCAUUUUUAGAAGUCACAUAUUCAAUAUAUCGAA